AUGCCUCCGAAGGCAGCGAAAUCAAAGGACGCGGCACCAGCCGAGAGGCCCAUCCUCGGCCGCUUCUCUUCUCACCUAAAGAUUGGAAUUGUUGGAUUGCCAAAUGUUGGCAAAUCUACUCUUUUUAACACACUCACAAAGUUAUCUAUACCAGCGGAGAACUUCCCCUUUUGUACUAUUGAGCCCAAUGAAGCUCGAAUUUAUAUCCCCGAUGAACGAUUUGAAUGGCUUUGUCAAUUGUACAAGCCAAAGAGCGAGGUUUCGGCUUUCUUAGAAAUUCAUGAUAUAGCUGGACUGGUUCGAGGGGCUCAUCAAGGACAAGGAUUGGGGAAUAAUUUCUUAUCUCACAUCCGUGCAGUUGAUGGCAUUUUCCAUGUUUUACGUGCAUUUGAAGAUCCAGAUAUUAUCCAUGUUGAUGACUCUGUAGAUCCUGUGAGGGAUCUGGAAGUUAUAAGUGCAGAAUUGCGGCUCAAGGGAAUAAUGAACCUUCCCCGUUUUAUGCAACUCAAGGAUAUUGAAUUCAUGGAAAAGAAGAUAGAGGAUCUCGAGAAGAGCAGAAGAGGAGCAAUGACAAGCAGUUAA